AUGACGUCGAAACCAACAAUAGCAUUGCGCGACCUCCAACCCGGCGACCUGGGCUACGUCCUCCAACAACAUGGGGAGCAGUAUUGGACCGAGUACGGGUGGGACCAGGAAUUCGAGCGGCUCGUCGCGCGUGUCCUGGGCGAGUUUUGCCCGGGGCCGCGGGAGAGGGGAUGGAUCGCGACGGUCGAUGGGCAACGCGCUGGCUGUGUGUUUCUCGUCAAGGCGCCGGCAAGGGAGACUGAGCCCGUAGGGCACGUAGCGUCGGGUGAUGCGCCGGGGCACGAGACCUCCUCCACUCCUGCUACGACCUCACCACCAGCCGCCGGGUCCUCGGCCACCGUCGGGCACUCGACCGCCGCUGAGCUCGCCGCUGAGCCAUCAACGACCCCAUCAACGGCCCCACCGACACAACGGGGCAAGAGAGAAGAAGGGGACAUGGCCAAACUGCGUCUAUUGUUGGUGGACCGCAAGUAUCGCGGCCUCGGCCUCGCCUCCCUGCUCGUUGACGCCUGCCUGUCCUUCGCGAGGGAGAAGGGGUACCGCGGCGUCGAGCUGUGGACGCACGCCAACCUGACGGCUGCGAGGGGGAUGUAUGCCAAGCGAGGCUUUGCCAAGGUGAACGAAGAGCCGUACAGAGGUUUGGGCGGGCAUGCGCUCGUGGCGGAGGAGUGGGAGAUGUUCUUCUAG